AUUCAGAUUAUUCAUCGAGUUUCUUUUGAAUGGAUCCUACUGAUGAUGAUUUCGGUGACUUGUACGUUGAUGAUGCCAAGGUUCAGGCGAGUGAUGCUUUCGCCGGCGAUGUUGGAUUCGUAAAAUCGUGCGAAGAAUCGGAGUUUGCUACGAAUUCCGGCGAGGAUAAGGGUUUUGAAGGAACGGUAAAGCCUGAUUCGGAAGGUGAAAUGAAGAAAUUUGAUGUUGUUGCUAAGGAUUCGAGUCCGUGUGACGACGAUUGUGCUGUGAAUCUGACUGAGGCCGAUGAAGAAUUGGAAUUUAGUGACAGUGAUAGUGAUGAUGAUUUGAAUAUAGUGCUCAAAGACGACGAUUCUAAAACCCUUCCUGCUGCUUGUGUGUUUAACACCAACUAUGGCGGAUACGAAGCAUCCAAAGCUUGCUCGUUUCAGAGACGGUGGACUAGAAACGCUUCAACUAAUAAUGCUUGGUCCAGGACACCUUUUGACGUAAAUUUCGAUGUGUUUGAGAAGAAGCCAUGGAGGAAUCCUGGUACGGAUACUAGUGACUUCUUUAAUUUUGGGUUGAACGAGCAAAGCUGGAAAGAUUACUGUAAACCGUUGGGAAGAGCAAUUGAGGUUGGAGGUGGAACUCUUGAGCGAAUACCUUCUGCAGAUUUGCGUCGUCCACGUGAUUCAGACCCUGGCGUGGUGAUACAGAUCCCAGUUACUAAUUAUGUUGAGGAGCUAUCAGUCAUGACACCAGAGAGAGCAAGGUGCAUAACAUCAAAUGAAGCAUCUGGAAGUGACGAUUCUCAUUCAAAUGACAGGAAGGAUUUGAAUUCAGUCGAUGAUUCUCCAAAAGAUGAAGCUUUUGUGGGCUGUCAAGAAAAAAACGCUGGAAGUUUCAGUGGCGAGAAAUCUCCUCCAACAGAGAAUUGCUGCAGUAGGGAAGUGACACCUAGUGAUAAGGAAAUGCUUGAGGAAGAGAAAGAAGAGAGUUUUUGCAAUUCUGAUGAGUCGGAUCCAUCCUCAGUGGAGAGGGAAUCAUCUCUUGGAGAUCGCAUUCGUUUGAGCCCUACCUCUUCUUGCUCUGCUGGUAAAAUUGAGGAAUCUGAUGAUUAUGAAACACAGUCAUUGAAAGACAGUGCUACUGAUGACCAACGUGAAGUCAGUACCCCACCACAACAAGCUAGACUUGCAGAACAUGAAGCAAUUAGUAUCAAAAGAGGGGGAAAUAGUGGUACAAUGCAUUCUAGACCCAGAAGAUCUCACGAAGAUUCAAGCAAAAGGCACUGUGGGAGAGCUGGCUAUGCUGGCUAUGUUAAGGAUGCAUCGCCUACACCAGAUCCUGGUUAUGGCAAGAAAGUUCAUUCUCGACAUGGAAGUUUGUAUCGUGAUUCAAACAAAAACUGGCAGAAUGGACCACGUGUUACAUUAGAAAGGGAUGAAACUGAAGGUAAAGGCGUUCAUUACUAUAGAGAAAAUUGUCAUGGUAGAAUGUAUUCAUCUGUGGAUCAUGCCAAGCAUAGAGAGCACAGGUUUGGUUGGCGCAACAACAAAGAAUCAUCACUGGGUCGAGGUUUUGAUCAUUCUAAUAGUUACAAGUUUGGGGCGCAUCCUAAAGAGUAUACCUCACGUUCAUCCUUCGAUCUUAAUCAGAGAAAUUCUAGAUCAAGUUUUAAAGAAGAGGAUGAUCGAUAUGGUUGGCAUCAUUGUGAAAGAAAAUAUGGUCAUGAAAGAAGUCCUAUCCGAGCCUACGAAAACUACAAAGAAAGAAAUGGGUGCAAUUGGCUAAGAGAACCUUAUUAUGAGGACUGUAUACCGAUUACUGACAUGGAUUAUAGGUACCGGUCAGAGUACUCUUCUGCACAUGCAAUACACAACCUCAAUCAGAGUCCAGAGAAUGAUUUUUAUUGCAGACGAAGGGGUGGAUACGAUUAUAAUUUGCAUCGUCAUAGAUAUGAAGAUGGAGUUCACAGGGCAGAAAGUAGAAUUCCAUUUGAGCUGGCUUACAGGGAGGUGCGUUCUUUUGCUGAAGUGGAAAUGAGAGAAUAUCAAGGGUAUAAAAGGCAUGAGGAAUUCUCUGAAAUAGAGAAAAGACACCAUUACACUCAUGAUUGGAAUCUUGAUAGAUUUGUCUCGGAGAAAGAUGAUUGUAAGUAUAGAACCCAAGAUGGUUGGUCCUCACCGUCUUUAUCUUUGAGAGAUUCUUGGUAUACCAAAGAAGCAAAAGGUGAUUUCUGGAGAGAUGAUGCUAGAGACUUUAGAACAGCUGAAGCAUAUGACAACCAGAAUAACCAGUUUCAUAAGGCUGCACCGAGAGAUGGUCGGACGCAGAAUCUUGGUCGUAGCGAUAAUGUGAGCAUAAAAGAUAGACUAAAGUAUGAUGAUGAUUGGGUUCGUCCUGAUAGAGGAAGAUAUAAUACGGCAGAUGACAUUCAAUGUUCAAUGAGAGAAGUUACUUAUUCUGAGCAUCCAUCGUAUACUGAUGAGAUAUUAGUCCGCGACCUAAGAAUACCAACACAUAAUCGAAUGGCUAUCAAACAAAGGUCUGGAUAUUUUAAGAGCGAUAUUCGUGAAAAUGAUGAGAGACAUCACGAAUCCAAGAAGCUGAGAGGAGAUGGGCAUUCUUUCAUCAAGCGUCAGGAUCCAGUUGACUUAGCUGGUAGGCAAGGAAAGCGCUCAAACCAAUCAAACAAAAGAUUUUCCAAUGGCGAGCAACAAGAUGUUCAAAAACCAAGAAAGUUAGUAGGCAAAAGCGAAGAGAAAGCUAUGCAGACUCGAGAUAUAAAUGACAAAGAAGAAGGCGAGAUCAUAGAAGAAGCGACGAACGUGAAAAGUGUAGAAAUAGACAAUGAGCGUAUACAAGAGAGCCUGAAGAAGAUGGAGAAACGGAGGGAGAGGUUCAAGGGAACCAAAAUGGCGAGGACGGUAGAAGCCACAUUCAAAUCUGAAACCGAAAGGAGAGCUAAAACCGAGGUUACUAAUCAACAGAGACCGGUUAGAAAGAGGAGAUGGUGUGCAAGUUAGAAGAUCAUAUUGGCUGGGCUGUUUCAGGUGAAGUCAUAAUAACGGUUUAUUGAUGGUAGGCUAUGUCUAAACCGAUCAAUUAAAGUCGCUGUGUUUUA